UUCAAUUGGGUAAAGAGCGCAUGCGUAAUCCGUAACAUGAUAACAUGUAUGUGAAUAUAUAAUAUACAGUUUAAAGGAAUAUAGAGGUUGUCUGUGUAAUACGUAAUAACGUAAAUGAUGAUAAAUGGCUAAUUUUGCGAAAACACAAUUACUGAAGUACGGUUGGAAAGAAGGAAAGGGGCUUGGUAAAAAUGAGAACGGCCUUACGGAAGCUUUAAGACCGAUGUUAAAAUUUGAUAACGCGGGUAUAGGAUAUAACGAAAACAGCUCGGAACACUGGUGGGAAGCCUUAUACGACAAUGCUGCCAAAAAUAUCAAGGUCGAAUUGCAUGACAACGAAGUUUCUUUGUCUACAAUUAACAACUCGAAUAUAAUUGAUGCUUGGAAUACUGUUUCUUCUAAGAAAAGCAAAAAGACUGAGCAACAAAAAUAUGGAAACUUUUUGAAAACCUCUACUCUUCACAAUGGUUGUUUGAUACAAGAAACUUCUAUAGAGAAAGAAGAAGAAACUGCAAAAAAUUCUAUAUAUAUUCCACUGUCUGAUGAACAGUUAUAUAAAGCAUGUAAUGGUAGAACAGCAGGACAUGAUCUCACGUUAAAUGGAAAACUUGCGAGAAUUGCACAACAAGAUAGAAUAUUUCUAGAUGUUAAUAUUGGCAGUGUAUAUCAAUUAGAUACAAGUCUAGUUAAAAAAAAUACUAUGACUCAUAGAAAGACAGAUGUAGAAUUAGAUACAGAGGAGAGCGAGGAUCCAGAAGAUCUUCAGGAAAUAGUUGAUGAUCAAAACACAUCGGAACAUGAAACUAAAGAUUUUGUUAUCAGAUCCAAGAGUGCAAGAAAAAGUCACAAAAAAAGAAUAAAUAAAUGCAUACAGCAAUUUAGCAUUUGUAGUCUGAAGGGAAAAACAGAUGCAGAGGAUAAUUCUCUACAUGAUGGAGAAUCAGCAAAAUUUAAAAAAGAAAAAGAGUAUAAGUCACAAUUAAAUAUAAAAUCGGGAAAGUGUAGCAAGAAAAAAAAGAAAAAUAGACGAAAGAGAAGUUUUGAGCAAGAGAUUCAACGUAAUGUACAUAAUAUUUUAUAUAAAACAUCUGACAUACAAGAUAAACUGAAGUAUAUAACAGAGGAUGUAUAUUUAUCAAAGUCAAAAAAAUUUGAUUUACAACAGAAGAUGUAUAUUCAAAGAAGUCCAUUUACUUCAAGUUCAAAUGACUUAAAUGAUAAAGUUGAGAAGGAUAUUGGUAAAAUAUUGCUUUCAACAGAUAAGAAGAUAAGAAAUAUUCAACAACAAAUACAAGAGCAGGCAACUUGGACAAGUUGGAAGUAUUUUGAUGUUGGCGAAAGAGAUUUCAAGCCAUCAAUGAAGAAAUUCUAUUCGCUAUAUUAUGACAAAUUAGAUACAUCUCCCAAAAUAUCAUUUUAUAAAUCUCUUUCUAUAAGUUCAACUAAAGACCAAUCACAUAUAAAUAAUUCAGAUGAUAAAUUACAUAAUAAGGACAAAAAAAUUAAAAAGAAAGCACAUCAGCAGAAACAAGUAAAAAAACAACUAGAGAAAGUUAUUAAUCCAGUAAAUUUUUGUACAGAUGAUUUAAAUACUGUAAUAAAAAAGCUAACAACAUUUGAUCUUACAGAAAAGGUAAGUGCAAAUGCAUUAAAAAAAAAACUCACUCAAACUCAUCUUACACCUGUUUAAGAAAAAUCCAAACUAGAAUAUUAAAUAAUUUAUUGAGAUUAUUGACAAUUACUGAUUGAAUAGCAUUAUCAUGUGUAAAUCUGGAUAAUCUCCCAUAUACAUUUCCGAUUUUGUACAAUAAAAUAUAAAUCUUAAUAAUGAAAUAUAUGAAAGUGUAAUAUUUAAGAACAAGAAGGAAAAAUUGUUUUUAAUUAUUCAUACAUAACAAUAUACACAUACAGAACUGAUGAAAAACGCGAAUAAUAAUAUUUAAUCAUUGCAUCAUUUAUUAUUAUUCAUAUAAUUUUCUAUUUUAACAAAAAAUUCAAUAUGUUUUUAUUACUUUUUAUUGUAUAUUUUGUGUGCUCAAUUUUUUUGAUCUUUUUAUAUAAAAUCUUUUAAUAAUCUUUUAAAAUGAUAAACAUUAUUAUAUAUCUGUUUUUUCAUUAUGUAAAUUCCAUUAAGUGAAUUUAUUGAAAUUGCAUUAAUCAAAUAAAUGUUUUCGAAAUGUUUACUUUUUAUUACAUGUAUUAUUUCUAUUCCUUAUGUUAUCACAUCAAAAGCAAUAUUUAUAUAAAAAAAGACAUUAAAUUUGUUAAAAUAAAUACACUAUUAUUAUACUAUACAUUCUUGAACAUGUACAAGAUAAUUUAGGAAAAAAUAAUAUUAAUAAAAAGAACCAUGUUAUCUUUCACCAAUUGUAUACAAUAUUUCAUGAAUGAGUAUUAUAGUUUCGAUAUAAAUAACACUUUUUGUUAUCAAUUAUAUAUUUGUAAAUGAGACUGCAAAAUUAUGAUUUACUUAUUUUAAGAAAAUUACUACCAUUAAACGAAAAAAAAUUUAAAGUGUCGUUGAAGUGAGCAAGCUACAACAGUUUUAUAUACAUAUAAAUCAAGAUAUAAAUUUUAUAAAAAUAAUUUGUUACGAUUAUUAUACAUUAAUUAUUAUAUUUUUCGCAAACGUAAUUGCGUGCGAAUCUAAUUAUAAAUAAAAUUAAUAUGAAACUUAGCAAUUUUAUUUAUGUUUUUAAAAUUUCCGUCUAAGCAAAAUUUUUAUCAUAAAAAAUCAAUGCAGCAUGUUGUAUUUUCUUAUAUGUAAAACACUUAUAUCUUUAUUUUUAAUAAAGAAUUGCAUCUCAGUUUUUUUUCUCUUUAUUUGAAAUGCAACACAGAACAAUAUCUAUCUUUGUUUUAUGCACAAUUCUUGUACAUUUACAUAAAUAUACAGAUCAAUAUCCUUAUUUAAAAGCUUUAGAAAAUGCAUUUAUAAUAAUAUAAAACAGCAUAUUAAUACUGCAGUAUAUUAUAAAAUAAUGUACCAUUUGAAUUAUAUAUCACGCAAGUAAAAAUGUAUAUAAUUUAACAGGAAGAAAUGCUAUCUGUCUUAUCAGCUGAUUUGUUUUAUAUAUUCGAUGUGUAAGGAUUGACUGAAGUUAUAACAUGAUGGCUCAUCAUAUUACACUUCUAUUCUUACAGAUAUAUCAUUACAGCAACACUCUUCAAAUAUAUUAUAUAGCACCCAAUAUUCGAAUGGCCUAGCAAAGAUUCUUUAAUGAUAAAUAAAAAAUUCAAUGCCAAAUCGAUUUAUUCUUAAAAUAAACUUUCUAAGGCCACACUAGAAGGUAUUCCAUAUAUAAUUAUUUUAAUAAUCUUCAUCCUAAAUUACAAAUAUUUCAUCAUCAUGGAUCAUGGAAUGUAUCAAUUUUAAAGCAUAUAGUUAUAGUAUAAUUCACAAAGUUCUUUGUUAUUUAAAUUUUCUAAUUAUCCUGAUAUGACAUAAAGUGAUAUAUGCGGCAAAUUCCGAAUUAUAUUUAAAUAAUAAGUUAUAACAAGUUCUUAACAAAAUUCGGAGCAAAUUCUAUCAUAUGUAUUAGGCUAAAUCAUCAAACUCUUUUAACAACUAUCUUAACGCUUUUAAUAGUAAAUUAAUUUUAUCAUGCAUUUCAAACAAUACUGCUCUCUAGUAUUUAUGGUAUAUUCGUUCAAAAAUUGUUAAACUUUGUCUAUAUUUUUUAAUGUUUGUUCAUUUGCGAUAAAAAUACGCGCUAUCUUAGAAUCUUUUAUAUUAUUGAAAUUAAUGAGAUACACAUGUGUAGAAUUUCCACUUGGAAGAAAGACAGAGAAAGAAUAAAAAAUUCACAAGUUACAAUAAAUAAAUAUAUAUAAAUCUAUUAUGCUACAACAUAAAUAUAUAAAAUUUAUUUGAAAAAAAAAAACUUUAUGUAUAGAAAAAUAAUUUUAAAAAACAGAAUAUCCCAAUUCACAUACAAAACAAUUCAACUCGAAUAUAAUAAAGUUGAACAGAUAUGUUUUAUAGAGAAAAAUAUGUUUUUAUCGGCAUAUAUCUGUAAAUAUAUAUUUAUAUGUAUUUACAUAUUUUUUUACCUAUAUGUAUAUACUAAAAUCAGAGAAUCUCUCUUUAAUCUCUCUCGGAUAUUAUCUUUCAUAAUAUAGCGCAUGAAGAAAAUUUUUAUUAUAAACCAAAAAUGCUUUUUAAUGAACAUUCAUUCUCAACAAAUCCUUAAUAUGUUCAAAUAACGAUACAAAAUGAAUAUGCUCAGGCUUUGUAAAAUUAUUCGUAUAAGGCGUUAAAAAUAAGAAUAAAUCAUCAUACAAUAUCUUAAAAAUAUGAUCACAUUAUUUCAAGUGUUUGAAGUGAAUGAAAAUACAACCAACAUAGUGUAUUUAUGUAUUAUAAAGCAAUUUUUAAGAAUAUUUUAAGUUAUUAAUAUUCAAACAUAUAAAAUACAAUUUGAUGAAUAAUCCAAUAAAUUUGAAAGAAUCAAUUUCAUUUAUGAAUAUCAUUGACGAAAUUUUUCUUUAUCAGACUGAAUCAUUAAUACAUUGUUAGAUAGAAAAUAAUAAUUACAUUUUAUAUUAUUAAAUCAAGGAAGUAAUUUUUUUUGUGCCUAAAUUUUGUUAUAUAUGCUCAGAAAACAUAAAGCUAUUAGAAGAUUCUGAAAUAUGUAGAUUAAUAAUAUUAAUGUUAUUACAUUUCUAAAUAACUUCACAUAAGUACAUGGAAGCAAUAACAUUAUACAGAUUAUCUGCAUUAUUAGGAUAGGGAAAAGCUUCUUGUGCUCUUCUCCGUGUACUUUAGUCACUAAAUAUUCAACUGUCAAUACUUAUUUGAUGUAUAUGAUGCAUGUAACGAAAUCAUAUGUUUCGUGAAGAAAUCUCUCCUAUAUUACAUUUUAUACAUAUCAUUUAAAUAUUAUUAGGAAAUGUUCGACAAACUCGAAUGAACUAUCCAUAACACAAUAACAUUCGUUAUUCGUACACCGCAUGUCGGAAAUCUUAUCGUCUUAAAUUGUCAUGUCUUACAAAAAAAAAGAAGCGGAAAAGACAAUAUAAAUUAUGUAAAAGAUUUAAUUGACAGAGCGUAUCCUUAAAUACUACUUUGGUUUAAAUAGAAAAAUAUUAUAGAAACACACAAACACCUGCCACAAUCGCUUCUCUUUGAAAAUACAUAGCCAACUACAUUGAUAUCAGAUAAUAUUAAUAAAUCAAUCAAAAUUUGUUGUCUUCUUACUUACGCUAUGCAUAAUAUCCACGAGGAAACAGUGAGUCACUAACCGAUAGACGAUUCAUUAGAUUGUUGAUGCAAAUCCGAUACAAUCAUAAUUUAAAUACUAUUAAUCAUAAAUUAACAAUGAAAACUGGAUAUAUUCUUAUAGAAUUGGAGAUAUGCAAAAAUUCAAUGAUAAUUUUAUUAUUUUAAGAUCCGAAUUAUUUUUUUAGGAUGAAAUUUUAUCAUCUGCUCGAUAAAUAGCAUAAAGUGAUACAGAAAACAACAGAUAUUUCGAUAAUGUAAAAUUUAUAUUCACAAAUAUAUUUAUAAAAAAAUAAUGAAUUUUGUAAGAAAUUGGAAAGAACUUUCACAAGCUUCUAGAGUGAAAAAUUCAUUGAUUUCAAAUCAUUCCUUGCAUUUAUUAAGCGCAUAUUCGAUUUGCGCUUA